UUUUGUUAUUUUUUCAGUUGUUCAAUACAAUAUUAUAGGUUAGCUGUAUGCAAUGUAUAGGUAUAUCAACAGAAUUUUACCUACAUAAUUUCUAUAGGAACGCCGUGAAUGAGUGAAUACGUUUAUUUUAAAAGACCGAUUAUGUUGUUACAUCAUCAGUUAAAUACAUUAUUUACCUUUAAUGAUCUAGCAUAAAAUUUACUGCGUGAACUGUGGUAUUUUAAGAUGCAGCUACAGAAACAACAGUGGAUUGUGUUGAUAUCAGUGCUAUUCAAGUUGGGAUGACAGUUUGCAAUAUUUUGAAUCAAUAAUCAACUUUUGUUCAUCAGAAAUAUCUUGAAAAAUAGAUGAAGCUCGUUUUAAUGCCUCAAACUUUGAUAAUUGCGUGCAUGUUGUGCGAUGAAUGUGGUUAACAAUGAUAACGACAAUCCAUUUGUUUAUUUAGAUAUUGAAAUUGAUGAAGAAAAAGUGGGACGAGUGGUAAUUGAACUAUUCAAAGACAAAGUACCAAGGACUGCAGAAAACUUCAGAGCUCUAUGUACUGGCGAAAAGGGGAGAGCACUGUCUGGAACUCUCCUGCACUACAAAGGAUCACUCUUCCAUAGAGUUAUUCCUCAGCUCAUGAUCCAAGGAGGCGACAUUACAAACUCAGAUGGCAGCGGAGGAGAGAGUAUCUAUGGCAGAAGCUUGGAAAGUGAAAAUUUUGAUCUCAAUUUUGACGAAGGAGGCGUAGUUAGUAUGGUGAGUGGUGGCGGUGAGGAGGGAGAAAAAGAUGAAGAGAAGGAGAAAGCUGGAGGAAACAAUGAAGAGGAAGGAGAGAAGAGAAGAGAGAGUAGAGUGAACGGUUCGCAGUUCUUUAUCACAGUGGUGCCUUGCGCCCACCUUAACGGCCAUCAGAUGGUGAUAGGGCGGGUGAGGAGUGGAUUAGGGGUGGUCAGAACUGUCAGCCAGGUUCCAGUGGUCAGCGAAAAGACCAAGAUGCCGUUGAAGAGUUGUACGAUUAGAGACUGUGGUGAGCUGAGGGGAAAUGAGGAGGAGGAGUGGGGGGUGGAGGACAAUGAUGGAUAUCCCCCCUUUCCAGAGGACUGGACCACUCAGCCUGAACAUCUAAAGUUGGAAGAGAUCAAAGUAAUGGCUUUGAAAAUGAAGGAGAUUGGAAAUUCUCUAUACAAGAAUAAUGAUAUCAAUAACGCAAGCAGUCGAUACAAAAAGGUGCUACGAUACAUAACAUGGUACAAAAAGAAGUACAAUUCACACGAUAAGUCGUUGUCAGACAUCCACUAUGCUUGCAAGCUGAAUUUGGCGGCUAUCACUUUGAAAAGGAAGCUGUAUGAAGAAACAGUUGAUCUCUGUACAGAAGUGCUACGAACGGACACGACAAACGUGAAGGCGUACUUUAGACGCGGCAAAGCGCAGGCGGGACUUAAGAACUUUGCAGAGGCGGUGGCGGACUUCGGCCAGGUGAAGCGAUUGGACGCCAACUUCGGCGGAAUCGAUCGGGACUUGAGGCAUGCGCAGAACAUGCAUCGCUCCUAUCGACGUGAAGAACGCAUGCGUUACAUGAACAUGUUUCGUCCACAGGAUGGUGGUAUUAGGUCGUGAAACAAUGGGUGCGUUUUGGGAGAAAUGAUGGUUUGAAGAUGUUUCGGCUGCAGGACGGCGCUAUCAGAUCGUGAAACAAUGGGUGCGUUUUGGGAGAAAUGAUGGUUUGAAGAUGUUUCGGCUGCAAGACGGCGCUAUCAGAUCGUGAAACAAUGGGUGCGUUUUGGGAGAAGUGAUGGUUUGAAGAUGUUUCGGCUGCAGGACGGCGCUAUCAGAUCGUGAAACAAUGGGUGCGUUUUGGGAGAAGUAGAGCAAUGUGUGCGUUUUGGGAGGAGUGAUGGUUUGAUAUCGAUUCACUUGGUUUAAGUUAUGGUUUAAGACUUCUCCCUUAUAAUUUCCUAUAGUGAUGUCCACGUUAUAAUAACAGUGGAGAAAUAUAGGAGAAUAACGUUGCCGAUCCUCUGUCUUGUCAAUGCCUUCUAUAGAUGAUAGCUGAUACCGGUAUAACAUAAUAUGUAACAUCAA